AAUCAGAAACGGCAAACAAGGCUGUCGGGAGACGCAUUCAGGAGAGUAACACGCCGGACACGCAGGCAGACACGCGCGCAAACGCCCGGCACACGGCUCCCCACUCGCGCACACGCACACACGCACAGGCACAGGCACACGCGGUCCGGGCGCUACGGGCGCGGAGGAUGUGCAGGCAUAGAGGAAGCCGCGGCGCCGCCGAGGAGGAGGAGGAGGAAAAGGAGGAGGAGGUGGAGGAGGAGGAGGGGAAGGAAGAGGAGGAGGAGGUCGCCGCUCGCCGCUCGUCGCCGCCGGGGCUCGGCCGCCGCCGCUCCCGCGGAGGCUGCUGUCGCCGCCGCUGUCGCUGCCGCCGGUGCCGGUGUGGGUUCUCGGGGAGGCGGGAGGUCGAGAGAGGAGCCGCUCGCCGGCGAUCAGAAGGAGACGAAUUCACGGCGAAGCGUAAAAAUAGAGAACGGGAAUAAUAAUGACACUUGCAGGAAAAAGAGAGAUCCAAAGUAGGAAUGAAGCGAAAGACACAAGGAGGAAGGGUGGAAAAAAGAAGAAAAGGAAGGAGAAGAGGGAGAUGAAGGGGGGGCACACAACUAAU